CUUCAGUUUUCCUUAAAUCUCAAUGAAAAUAUUUACGUGCUUUGGUAAUAAGACUAGACCAAGUGAAGCUAGCGAUACCAAGGGAUCUGCUGAGCCCCGAUGCGAUUGGACGCUCCAGGCUCAGUUCUGUGUCAUCGGCUGUGUAGCCCUCCUUGGGUGGAACUUCAUCUUGGGCGAGCUCGGCACUCUUAUUGAUGCUUUUGGUGACGCAUAUGGUACCUGGGUUUCUCUCUGUUACUCUCUGUGCAUUAAUGCUGGUCAGCUUUUGCUUGUGUAUAUGGGUAAUCGUUUCAAGUUUGCGCCCAGGUUCUACAUCGGGUGCCUCGGCAUGGGUAUUUCCCAGAUGCUCAUUGCGAUUUGUGCUAUUACGUUCGCUCGCGAUCACCAAGCUGCUGGUUUCGCAUGUGGUUGCAUCUUCAUCGGUACCUUCGGUUUCGCCAAUGCUCUGAUGGAAUCCUCAAUGUUCGGUCUAGCUGCUCUGGUCACCGCUGAGUGUACCGAGUGGAUUAUGAUUGGCGAGGGUGUUGCUGGUCUCCUGGCCUGGCCUGUAGAUAAGCUAUGCGAGGCCAUCUUGGAGGGUGCUGGUGUCACGGACGUUCAAUACCCACGCAUGGUGUUUUUCUACGGUUUGGCUUUGUUGGCGAAUCUCGCUAUCAUUCCUAUGUACAAAUAUGCUAUGGAGACACACCCUUAUAUGAUCCGUGUCUUUGAGAUUGAGGCGGAUCGUCAGAAGUUUGAGCUCAACAAGACUAUGAAUCGGCCCAUCAACAGAGUGGUCUGGGAUACCGUCCCUAUGGCUUUCAACGUGUGGGCAAACUUUACUAUAACCUUUGUAGUCUUCCCGUGGCUCAUCUUCCAAAUGACUCCAUCUUCUCUGGCGGAUGCCACUUUCGGUCAACUGAUGACGUAUUGUUAUCAAGUCUUCGAUACCCUGGGCCGUUUCGCCCCCAAUGUUCAUGUUCGGCUGAGUAAGAGAGCAACACGUUAUGCGUGUUUGGCGAGAGCCAUUUUCAUUCCUUUGUUCUUCCUGUGUGUACAUAUCACCGUUUCUCCGUUCAGUCAGGAUUGGUUCCGCUUCAUCGUCAUGGCUCUGUUCGCGGGCUCUAACGGUGUGGUUGCGACGUGGUGUAUGAUUCAUGGUCCCACGCAGGUUAACCAAAACGACAAGGAGGAGAUGGAAGUGGCAGGCUAUGUGAUGGCUUUCGCUUUAAUCUUCGGUAUCCUCAUUGGUUCAGUCAUUGCGACUAUCAUUCAACAAACUGCUUAUAUGUGAUUACUGAAUGAUCGCAACUUUCUAGUUUCAACUUAUGUAACCCUUUCCGGUACUACCUUUUUUUCCACGUAGUGCAUCGGGAAAGCUGUCAAGUAGAACUCUACUUUUAUCCGUGGCCAAGCACCUCGUAUAAACGGCUUUGUAAAUUUGUUGAUUAUAACGAUUUUCAUUCACU